AUGCCUGACGCCGAGAAAAAGAAGAAGGAAUGGCUGGGUCGAGAGACCUUUCCUACAAUCUGGCUGUUUAUCUGUCUCAUUUUCAACUGGAUCGGCAUCCUCGCUCUGUUGAUGCUGGCUAUCGCAGAGCUUGUCAUCAUAGUGAAUAAUUGGAAGACGUAUCACGAUACCUACGGAUACAAAUAUCCUGCUUCUGGUUAUAUUGGUGGGUCAACAUGUGGGUUUGUGGAAUAUACCAAUGCACCCAAACAUCUCGGAUCUAUUCUCUGGACUUUGGCGUAUCAAGUGUCUAUUAUAAUAUUCGCCUUAAUGGCUAUCGCUUCCGAUUUCGCUUGGCGUAAUGCGAGUUAUAAUAAAUAUGGACAGAAAUUUGUUCAGUCUUUCUAUGCAGAGGGUAUAAUGACCGGUGAAAGGGACAAGAAAACACGUUUACCAUUUUAUGUCGUUGCCAACGCCUGGUUGAAAUUCUUCAUUACCAUUUUAUACAUGCAACAGACCUUCUAUGGCCUUCGAGGUGGAUCACACAGGUGCAAACUGACUCAUAGUCCGUCAGACUGCCUUGCGGCCUCUUCCGUAACAUCGGGAAGUGUGACAGCCUCCACAUCAACUUCAGCUUCAACAACAGUAUGGUGGUCCCGCGAUUGGUCAGAUAACUCGAGGUCAUGUAAUGUAGGUACGGUCGUUGAACCUGGUAGAUCACACGGAGUGGAACUUUGGGCGUUUUGGUGUGGAUGGAUUGUUUUUGGUUCUAUCGUUCCUUGUAUAAUUGCUUUCAUCGUGAGUUUACUGGCUUCACAUUUAUCCUUCCGCCUUCAAAUCCACUUGAACCUCAACCCUCCGCCACGUUUCGGUUAA